AUGGCGUCUGAAGACGAGACACGCUUCAUACUUGCCAUGCAGGAACUCCAUUCAUCUGAUCUGUUUGAUGGUCCUGAAGGUUGUCGGUAUUUCACACACAACGUUGAGUGCCUCCAUAAUAACCAUUACUUCUUAGCUGGACAAUUGUUGGCAAUGUCUAUUGCCUACGACGGCCCCAGCAGUCUUCGUCUGAAUGAGCAGUUGUACUUCAUGACGGACACCAGUAGUCCAGCCUUUGAAGAUGACACUUGGAGAGUCCUACCGAUUGAUGCUCGAAGUAUAUUCAAGAACUCCGAGGUAUCAUCACGGAAUGCAAUAGAGAGAUUUCUCAGCAACCAUGGGGACAGCCUCGUUGAAAACGGCAUUGUUAACAUAUACCGUUUGACCCUGCAAAAUAAAGAGGAAUAUGCAGUGUUGAUACAAAAACAGUUUCUUUUUUACAGGACGUCUGCCGAAAUCCAACAGUUCACAAGAGGAAUGGACUCCCUUGGGACACUCUGGCAAACAGUGAAAGAAAAUGCAGCUAAGUUUAAACCACUGCUAUGCACUGCUCCUCAGGCACUGGACAAAGCUCAGUUUGAAAGGUUGUGCGUCUAUGAUAGGUCACCUGAGGGCUCGAACAAUAGGAUUGCCGAAGAACAAUUAAUAUACUCAUGGGAGAUGUUCCUUCAGGACAUCGAAGGGACGCUCGCCAAAUGUGUCGACCUGCAGUUUGGAGCUGUGGAUUCCAAGAGGCAUUGA